UAUUAUUCGCCAAGUUGAGGGGUGAAAGGAUAGAUUUUUCCUGCCGAGUAACUUAUCCACUAUUUUUGGGACAUUUAUAUGUUAUCACUAAAAAUAACUUUUUCUGUAGCUCUAUCCUUCAGUAUUGUUUCUUUCUUGAGGAAAGAAAAUGAAUUUCACAAGUGAUGCUAAAUAUUGCCGAUCAAUUGAAUUAAAAGCUUUCGAUGAUACUAAAGCCGGUGUUAAAGGACUCGUCGAUGCCGGAAUUACCAAAAUCCCUCUAAUUUUCCAUCAACCUCCUCAUGCUUUAGAUUAUAUUUCACAUGCUCCUAAGAAUACUGGUACCGAGUUCGAUUUUCCUAUCAUAGAUCUUCAGAAUUUCGAAAAUAGUGCAGAUUCACGCAAGGAAAUCGUCGAAAAAGUACGAAAUGCAUCGGAGAGUUGGGGGUUUUUCCAAGUUGUCAAUCAUGGAAUUCCUAUCAAUGUUCUUGAGGAGAUGAAGGAUGGUGUACGUCGAUUUUACGAGCAAGAUAUAGAUCUGAAAAAGAAAUACUAUACUCGCGAUUUAACUAAAAAGGUAGUUUAUAAUAGCAAUUUUGAUUUGUACACAGCACCGGCAGCUAAUUGGAGAGAUACGAUCGCGAUCCAAAUGGCUCCUCAUCUUCCACAACCUGAAGAGAUUCCAGAAGUUUGCAGAGAUAUAUUGAUGGAGUAUUUCGACCAAAUAAAGAUGUUGGGGAAGUUAAUGUUGGAAUUAUUAUUAGAAGCUCUUGGUCUGAAACCAAACCACUUGGAAGAAAUGGACUGUGACAAAGGUCUUUUUGUUUUGUGCCAUUACUAUCCACCGUGCCCUGAGCCGGAAUUAACCUUUGGCACAAGCAAGCACGCCGAUGGUGACUUCCUCACUCUGCUUCUCCAAGAUCAUAUCGGCGGCUUACAAGUACUCCAUCAAAAUCAUUGGAUUGACGUUCCUCCCACGCCCGGUGCCCUAGUGGUUAAUAUUGGAGAUCUUUUACAGCUCGUUUCGAAUGACAAGUUCAAAAGCAUUGAGCACAGGGUGCUGGCGAACCGCGAAGAAGAAGCAAGAUUAUCGGUGGCAUGCUUCUUUAGCACAGAUUUAUUUUCGGUGUCAAGACUUUACGGACCUAUUGAGGAGCUAUUAUCUGAAGAUAAUCCUCCAAAGUACAGAGAAACCUCAAUCAAAGAAUUCUCUAAACACCGUAAUGCUAGAGGACUUGAUGGAGUUUCUAGUCUGCUUCAUUUAAAGCUGUGAAAACUUGUAUAAUUCAAUCAUCAUGUAGAACUUAUUAGUAUUCUUGUCAAGAUGUUCCGUAUAAAUUGCUGAUAUAAAGGGAAUAAAAUGAGUUUGUGAAGCUAAGAGAUCAACCAAUGACUAGUUGAUUGGAUUAAUGUUCACAUUACUUUAUAAUUGUUUUUGCAGGUUA